CCAUCUGCCAGCACUCCCGCCGACGCGUCCUGCGCACAUUCCUAUCCUCCAAUACCCAAAAGCUGUCGAACAGCACCAUAUACCUCUGUAGCAUAUUCUAAAACAUCAUGGGACGCCCUCUUUUCUCUCAGUGCUACCAGACCCCUGCUGUCCGCGUUGAGCCCGAGCAGCAUCAGCCCACCUUUGAGCGAUGGACGUAUCUGAACGCAUUCGACCCUGACUCGGACGAGUUCUUCGGCGACGACGCCGUCUACGAGGCAUUCGUGGACCCUGCGCAGCCCGGUACCGGAGGCGAUGGAGAGGAGCGCGAACAGCCCCCAGCGUUGGAGACGUACAGCAGCAGCUCAAGCGAGGCAAGCUCGAGUGGUCGAGGGAGUCCGACCAGCGAUAUCUCCCCCGAGGAGAUCAAUCAAACAGUUCUGGAGAGAGUUACAAUUCAAAGGGAUCGAACGACCGUGGCACACCGCUCGAUGCCGCCGUACCUCGUGGUGCCGCCCCGGCACAGCAUUCGCGAUGCUCCCCUCGCCUACAGAGAGGUCGCCGCGCGUGCCUCGCCUUACCGUCCCGGAGAAAUGGCCUCACAACACACGAAUACGUAUCAGUCGACCACGGCGCGUCACAGACAGUUCGGGGAGCGCGCGCCGCCAUCUCCGUCCACUAGCAGCUCUUCUGCCCCCAUCCCAAUUCCAGAUUCGCCUAGACGUGGUAUGGCCGCCCCGUCGCAUUCCCCGGCCGAUCCCCCUUCUACGCCGCCCAGCCGUUCACCCUUUUCCAUGGAAUCGCCCUCACCAGCGCCUUCUGUGACGCCGAGGCUGUACUCGUGGCCUCCCCGUAACGCGGUGUCCUCGUACCCCGUGUCACCGGCGCCGUCUGGGCCCCUUCCGAACCGUAAUGCCCGCAUGUCCGUUGCACACAUACCUUCGUCCCCGGCCCUGGUCCCCGUCAGCCGCGUCGUCGGUUGACCGCGUUUCCCCGGUGCACGGCCCACGCCGUCCCUGCUCUAUUAUAUGUUUUGGCUCUAGAGGCUGUCCGUCCACUAUCACACACUACUACUGUCAUCGUACAUACAUGCCGCAUUCUCACCUUUUGGGGUUUGUGCUGCGCUAGAUCGGAUAGCCGUUCAUGUUAAUGUCUUGCUUUCGGUGCGUAGCUUGCGAGCUGCAGCACCAUAGUGUUAUGUCGUGCGUAGAUAGCAGAUAGCACUAUCGUAUUUGUACCAUCAUGCAUCGUCAUCACCUCUCAAAAAUACACGCUGACUUGUAGCAGCUGUCCAUACGGUAGAUAGAUCUGAUUGCAAUGGUCAGGAUAUCACUUUGAUCCCGUACCUUGGCGUAUGUAAAGGUUGCGAUCGCAAAUCUCAGUCAUCUAUCUCGCGUUGAG